AUGAACGAAGCUCUUCAACUCCCCGAGAUCCUAUACUUGAUCUGCCGAUGUCUUUACUAUGGGGAAAUCUCCAGACUAUCACGGGUGUCGAGGUACUUGCACCUUAUUGUCGGGUCUGUGCUCUGGGAAAGCAUCGCAGGCUUGGACCCCCUUCUCCGGCUCAUGCCUCAGGACGCAUGGCAUCUGGAGCUCGUCAACGAUGAUACGAAUCGUUACAGAUACUUCAACUUCUCUCGUACGUUGCAGCGCGAGGAUUGGAUCCCCGUUCUUGCGAAAUCAAAAUUCGUCAAGAAUCUCCACAAUGUAGACGGGUUCUACAACUGCAUCCAGUUUCGUGCGACGGUCGCACAGUUCAUUGUCGACCGGCCUCCUCCUUCUCUUCUUCUCCCAAAUGUACGACGGCUAUGCUGCUAUCCUCAUGACUAUCUGGUGGACGAUACUCUGAUCCUUACUCCCUUUUAUCGCAUUUUACUCUCGCCUAGCAUCACCACAUUGGAGCUGAAGGCGUGUUGCUUCGUGGAUGUCAAGGCUCUGACGGCGACCUGCCCGAACGUGGACAGUCUCACGAUCUGGUGCAGAUGCGAAAGCGAUGCCCUUGGUGCGCAUGCUGCUCUCAUGGACACGUUGGGUCAAUGGUCCCAUUUGGAGAGCGUCCAUCUGACUCUGCAUGACUGGACGUGGGACCCGAACCCAAUCCUCGCCUUGUCGCAUCUGGAGAGCCUAUCUUCGCUGCACGUGCAUCAAGAAGGCUACUUCGACCAGCUGCAGGUUCCUCAGUUCCAUGCGAAUAGCUUUCCUUCAUUGUGCACGAUGGUGCUUGAGUCCAUAUCCUUGGACCUGAUCGCUGCAAUUGUGCAGUCAUGGCACGCACCAAAAGACAUGGAGGUUAUCGAUUUGCAAGGCGUCUUCGGACAUGACAGUUAUUCUGUUACCGUACUGCGGGCGAUCCAGGAGAAAUGCGCUCCGUCUCACCUGCGAAAAGUGAUAGUGAGGCCGCCGUACGGCUCGAGUGCGAGCCCGGAAGAGCCACCACUACUUCGCCUGCGGCAUCUCCAACCCUUGUCUGGUUUUCGGAACCUGGCCGAGGUCACGUUCUUGAUGACGGACGCCGCCUUCCUUACGGACGAUGACCAUGCGCGCAUAGCAAGCUGGUGGCCGCGGUUGCAGAAAUUACACUUGACCGUUCGGUACUCUAGCGAAUCGGCAUUUGCCUCCUAUCCCUCUCUCCUCAGCUACGCGCGAGGUUGCCCGUACUUGCAGGAAUUGUCGAUCAAUCUCACAGCCGCCUCUGAUGACCCCGGACGUCUUCCAUAUGCGGGCGCGCAACCAUCCACUCAAUUUCCUUAA